GGCAACGUGUCCGAGUGGUUAAGGAGUAUGACUCGAAUACUCUACAGUUAAUGAUAUCAUAUGGGUUCGCCCGCGCAAGUUCGAAUCUUGUCGUUGUCGCUAUCUUUUUUGGUUUUUUUAUCUUGAGGUACGUAUGUAGCCUGCUGGCCAAAUCGGUCUGCUGGCUGGAGAUCAGCCCUUUGGCCAAGAGGCUAGAUGUACGCACAGACCCGGGCAAGGAAUUAAUGGGCAAUUGGCACAUGCCAACCUGGUUUUCCGAGCGAUCAUACUCAUGUCAUCAAGAUCUCGUUGGGGUUUGCAAAUCGAUAAGAUACGGUAAUGGGGGCUCUGCGUCUGUGCCAAUUCCCAACCACAAGUUGUAUGUAUAAAAAGUAGAUUUCAUCCAUCGAG